GGUAUUCGAGAUAUGUCCGCGAUAAAUCAAAGCCUCUUGGUUCCAGACGAAAGUGACCACCGCGAUGCCCAUGACUUCCUCGACCACAAUGACAUCUACUACCAACAAAUAGACAAGGCCUCUGUGAUCUGGCGCUUCAGUUGUAUGAAAGGAUUUUUUCGCCAGACUUUGGACGCUACAGACGACAUGACUUUCAACUACGCGCUUCAAGAUUUCGGCAUUCUCAAGCCCUGGGAACAUAUUGUGCUGGAAAUACGUCGUCGAAAUCGUGAUGAGAACCUGGCCGUUAAGUAUAAGCUCUUAUUACUUGCCCGGCAUGGCCAAGGGGUCCAUAAUAUUGCUUCUAUUAUGUACGCGCUGGAGUGGGCUUCAAAAUGGCGAUUUGUGGGAACUGACGGUAACCUCGUAUGGGGUCCGGACCCGCUUCUCACACCGCUUGGCCGUUGCCAGGCCGAAGAAAACCGCCUGUUUCUUGAGACUCAGGUGCAAAAGGGUAUGCCAAUUCCCAGCAAAUUUUAUGUUUCUCCACUCACCAGGUCUAUAGAUACCAUGAGGAUCGAGUGGAGUUCGGUGGAGACUCUGCGGCCAUUGGUGGUGGAUAAUCUACGCGAAACUAUUGGCAUCAACCUCUGCCAUAAACGGCUGCAAAAAGGUGAAUUGCAGGCCAAGUACCAAGACUUAGACUUUGAGGACGGGUUUCCUGAGGAAGAUGAGCUUCAUCUAAAGCUGCAGAAAAGAGAAGAGAUCUGGGAACAGUUUAUGCGCAUAAACGGGGUGUUACAGGAUCUCUUCAGUAACGAGUUACAGUCUGAUGAUACCGACGAUGUGGUGAGCAUCACUUGCCAUGCUGGUACCAUUAGAGCAUUUCUCUCGGUGGUUGGACACAGAGGCUUCACAAUCCCGAAGGGUGGCAUUAUCCCGGUAAUUGUAAAAGCGGAGAGAAACUAGGUUAUUUAUAUGGCAGUUUGAAUAUAUAUAUAUAUAUUUACUAUUGCAAAUUGUAGUGCGCUGACCUAAAGUCUACGCUAAUACGCUGAACCUAGUGCUGUUCUAGUAUGGCUUGUACCGCACAUCCUUCUUCUUUUUCUUCUUGUCCUUCUUAUCCUUCUUGUCCUUUUUUCUAUGCUUUUCCUUCUUUUCCUUUUUCUCUGGUGCUUCAAGCUCAAUUGCUUCAACCCCAGGAACCUCUAAUUCCACCUUCCACGGUAAAUCCCACAUCUUCACCAGUCCAUCCUCCCCACACGAUAAUGCCUGUUUCCCUCCAGCAAACACCUGUAAGUCUCGUACUACCUCGUCCCCAUGAGCUCCUGGAAAUACAAUUGUUUCCAUUCCAAACUGCUCAGACAACGGACUAAACAGCCGCAACGUCAAUUCCUGGUUAGAAUUCGUUCCAUACGACACGUAGCCCUGUGGGUUUACGUCCACCACGUACUCGCACCCCCAAACUUGCCUGGCGUCGCCCAAGUCUUUCGGUACGGGCUCUUCCCACACCUCGUAGUUCGUAUUGUUCAACUGAUGGAAGGAAAGUGUCUCCAUGUGAGACAAGAUUCCAAUCCGAUCCUUCAGCACAAACUGGCACGAGUGCACUG